CGGUGAGGUGUGAGCUCUUCGCUGGAGCACCCCAUUCUGUACGUACUAAUCUCUCCUGUGGGCUAUAGCCAUAUUCCUGCUGAUCGGGAAUAGCAGCGGAGGGCAAAACAACGCCGCAUCAUAUGCUUGAUUUACUUGUUGAAAAGCAAGUGCCCUGCUUUGUGCGGGCAUAAUGUAGAGGAAAGAGGUUUCAAGACGUAUAGAGCUGUGAGCGCCACUGUCUUAGGAAACCUGGAUGACCUGGAAGUUCAUCUGCAGGCCGGCGGACGGUAUCUGGCUCUCUUCUUCGAAUAUCCCGGGAAUUCGAUGCUGGCUUGCCCUGACCUCAAGCGCACUCGCAAGCUGGCCGACACCUAUGAUUUCAGCAUGGUAGUGGACGAGACGAUCGCCCACGCUGUCAAGUUUUACUUCCUCCCCUUUGCCGAUGUAGUAAUCAGCAAUCUUACCAAAAUCUUCUCGGGCGAAUGUAAUGUAAUGGGCGGCGGCGCGAUCCUGAAUCCAGAAGGUCGGCACUAUCAGGGCUUGAAACGUGCUUUCGACGCGAGUCACGAGGACAAUCAUCGGGCUAGGGACGUCAUGUUCAUGGGGCGCAACAGCCGGAAUUUUGUGGUGCAGAUCCAAAGAAUCAAUGAAAACGUCAAAGUCAUCUGCGAGAUUCUGCGAGCUCAUCCGCUGGUCAAGGAAGUCUACUACCGCAAGUAUAGUCCGACAAGGCGGAUGAUGGUCACUGCAGCCCCCACUGGCGGGUAUGGGGGCUUGCUCUUGUUUACAUUUCAGCAGAAGGAGCAUGCGAUACCAUUUUUUCGAUCGGAUCGAGACUGCGAAAGACCCGAGUCUCGGGGCCAGCUUCCCCUUGACUUCGCCCUAUAUAUGUGCUUCUCGCACAAUCUUGGGAGCUGGAUUGGGUGGCGGCGCUUGGAGUGCCGGCAGAUUUGCUGCGCGUUAGCGUUGGAGUCGAGGAUGUAGAAGAACUGAAGGCACGGUUUGUGAUUGCCUUGGAAGCGGCUGAAGGGGUCGAUUCUCUUUUGACUUGAAUAUCACGAUGUCUCCCUGGAUGGACUGGGGCAUUCGCGACUCAGCAGAUGACAAAAACGGUGAUAAACAAUAGAGAUCAGUAUAUCCUCCUAAGUAUAAUAAUCGUUAGUAAUGUAAUUCUUGAUUGUGUU